UCACCUGGCCAUGACCCCAGCACCCCUAGGGACCCUGGCCCAGCCCUGAGCCCUGGAACCUGCAGCCCCCUCCCCUGGGCCAUGGCCAACUCAGGCCUCCAGCUCCUGGGCUACUUCCUGGCCCUGGGUGGCUGGGUGGGCAUCAUUGCCAGCACAGCCCUCCCGCAGUGGAAGCAGUCCUCCUACGCGGGCGACGCCAUCAUCACGGCCGUGGGCCUCUACGAAGGGCUCUGGAUGUCCUGCGCCUCCCAGAGCACCGGGCAGGUGCAGUGCAAACUCUAUGACUCACUGCUCGCCCUGGAAGGUCACAUCCAGUCAGCGCGAGCCCUGAUGGUGGUGGCCGUGCUCCUGGGCUUUGUGGCCAUGGUCCUCAGCGUGGUCGGCAUGAAGUGCACUCGGGUUGGAGACAGCAACCCCAUCGCCAAGGGCCGCAUCGCCGUCUCUGGGGGUGUCCUCUUCCUCCUGGCAGGCCUCUGCACUUUGACAGCUGUCUCGUGGUAUGCCACCCUAGUGACCCAGGAGUUCUUCAACCCCAGCACACCUGUCAACGCCAGGUAUGAGUUUGGCUCGGCCCUGUUCGUGGGCUGGACGUCCGCGGGUCUGGCCAUGCUGGGGGGCUCCUUCCUCUGCUGCACGUGCCCGGAGCCUGAGAGAUCCAACAGCAGCCCGCAGCCUUACCGGCCUGGCCCCUCGGCUGCCGCCCGAGAGUACGUCUGAGCCCGGGACUCCGCCGGCCCCUGCAGCACCCUGGGCAGGGCCAAUAGGGCACAGCGCGCCCCGCGAGCUCCGUUAGGGCUCUGAGCAGCUUGUCCCCACACAGGCACCCACCCUGCGCUCUGAGACUCAGACCCAGACACUCAGAGGGAGGCCAGAGGCAGGCCCCAGCCCACAGGAGCACACGCCUGUCCUGGAGCAGGUGUGGACCCGUCUGCACAGCACACGGGCACCAGCACGUUUCCUGUCCAGGUGCCAGCGCUUUCCUGGGGUGGCUUUUUUACUCCCUGCAGGGCCCUGGGGACACAGCCACAAAGACAGCCCUUGGUGCCGCAUGCCCUGGGGUGGCCAGAGCCCUUCCCCUCCCCGGGCUGGCAGGCUCCUCACAGCUACCCCAUGCAGGGGGCAGUGUGCCAGGAUGAUGAAUGCUCCCCCUUACACAUGAGGAAACAGGGUCAGGGACACCAAGAGGCUUGACCCCGCUCUUCCUGAAUUCAGGUCCCAGGCUCUUCCAGUACGCCCAGCACCACGCGGACACCCCCACGCAUGGCUCGGCCAGCACACAGCCAGCCCGCCCCCAGGAGUGGGCCCCAGGGAGGGCUGCCGUGGGUGCCCGGGUCUGACUGCGCUGGUCAGUUCCUGCAUCUGGGCCUGCACCCCACAGCCCCUGCCCCACCCUGCUGCUCACCCCACUAACCAGCUCUCCUCUCUUUUGACUUGCAGACCAGUUGUUAAGUUGUCCGCCUCCGCCAAGGGCCCCCUGGGUGUGUAAUGUCCAGGUCCCCAAUCUGACUC